UUUUUAAAAGAAAGGUAUAAAAAUUAAGUGGAAGAAGCUAACUUCCAAAACGAUCGAAAAAUCCCAACAGCUUCUGGCUUUGAACAACUCAAAAACUUUGAAACAUGUCUUCUUGUUCAUCAUCUUCUUUUUCUUUGCUUAAACCUCUAACCUUUCCUUCAACUCCAUGCCCCUCUCCUGCCCUUCUAUUUCACAACAAUCCCAUCUACAUCCCCUUCAAAACCACUUCCAACCACUCCAAAACUCUCCACCUCUCAAAGCGUCUAACCAUUCCAUUUGCUCUCACUGAAUCCGACUCUCCCAAGUCCCUUCAACCCGACCUUCAAACCCUUCUCCAACAACUUGCUGAUAGCUUUGAUCUUCCAUCGGAUUACUUUUCCCAGUUGCCGAACGAUCUUCGUUUAGACUUGAAUGAUGCUGCUUUUGAUCUUUCAAAUGGACCUGUGAUUGAUGAGUGUGGUAUGGAGUUGGGAAAAACAUUAUUAAAUCUCUCAAGAGCUUGGGAGUCAGCUGAUACAUCAACUUCGUAUGCAUUAGCAAGCAAGGUCCCGUUGCUUGCCAACUCUUUGACUGACAGCGCAAAAUCAGCAUUUGGAAGGCGAUUGGUAGCUGCUGGAAGAAGGUUCCAGGCUAUGGGACAGUAUGGUCAAGGCGAACUUCAAAAGCUCAAGAUCAAGAAACAAGGAAAUUGCACAGAGGACCUCAACCUCAACUCAGAUCACGAGUCCCAUAUAGCAAAAGCAAUGAAUGCAGCUGGAAAACUUCUGUCUGCAAGUUCAAUGUCUGCAACAACUGAAGAACAACCAAAAACGGAAACUAGAAUGUUUAAGUUUGGAGAACUUCAGGUUGAGGUAACAUCGGAGAAAGCUAACAUUGGAGCUGCAAUAGGUUUCGUUUUCGGGAAUCUUUCAUGGCAAAUAGCUCAGGGCAUCCAAAGCAUUCCGGAGAGUUCAUUGGAAUAUGCAAAUGACAAUGCUCUGCUUCUAGCUAAGUCAUUAAGAGGAGCACUACUUGCAGUUUUCUAUUCAUCCACAAUCUUGUCCGUUUUCACCACCAUUGGACUUCUCUUACUUGGAAGACAACUAAAGUCCGAGGGAAAGUAACCUUCUUCAAGCUUUCUUGCACCAAUUUUACUUGUGAGUUGGCUAGACUUGACAAUGAGCUUCCACCAGGAAUAAUGGCAUCAAGGAUCAGGAAGGCUGCUAUUCGGCCUGUCCUUCAAAAUUACCAGAUUCCAACUUGUUGCUGAUUUCUGGUUAGUCAUCUGGGUUAUACAUUUCCACGUCAACAAAAGAGAUUUUGGCAUAUAAGCUGCCAAUGUUUCUCACAGUUCGAUUUUAACUUGUAGAAUAACUCUCUAUUAGCCUACUUUAUUUGGAUAUUAUUUGUAAGGGUCUUUGGUUUAAUAUUGGGACUUGAGUGCA